AAAUUUCAAUUGUCAUUUGUCACUGACUAAUGACGGUUCAUUGAAAAUUCUGUUAAAUUACCAAAUUUGUGCAAAAGAUAAAUUAUAAGAGAAUGGCGAAUAUUCAAAAAAAGAAGUCUGAUAAAGGGCUAACUCCAGAAGAAAUUCUAGCUGGUUUUCAGAAUUUAAGGGCUGAACAAAGAGCAUUAUCAGGAAAACUCUCAGAAUUUGAGGUAGACUUGAAUGAACACAGGAUGGUAAUUGAAACAUUAAAAAAUGUAAAUGAAGAACGAAAAUGCUUCAGGCUAAUCGGCGGCAUAUUAACAGAAAGAACAGUAAAAGAUGUGUUACCAGCAUUGACUACCAACCAAGAAAAACUGAAAGAAAUUAUAGAAAAGCUUCAUGAGCAAAUAAGUAAAAAGGGACAAGAAAUUAAUGAUUAUAGAGAGAAGCACAAUAUCAAAUUUAGGGGAAUAGAUAACCCUAAACAAGAUGAACAGCCUGUAACUUCAACAGAAUCUAGGGGGAACGUGUUGGUUUCUUAACAAUAAAUGUGUAGCUUUUUUGUUUUAUUUUUAAAUAUUUGUCCCAAGGAAAAGAACUCUUCAGUUGGCUAAUAUUUUAAAUGUUUAGGAAUAAGAAAUUUACAUUUAUUUAUGCAUAUUUUUUAAUAGUCCUUUUAUGCCUGGAUUUAUUAAAAACAUUAUUUACUUCCAUUAUUAAACAAAAAGCAUUCUGAAUUUGUUGUUUCUUGUUGCUCAUAAUAUUUCUAAAAACCUCAUUAAUAUUAUCACCUCAAAGAAUCACUACUUUUGUAAAUCAGCGGUAACUCAAUUGAGCAGUACAGAUUUUUUAUUCCUAGGGAUCUCAUUAAAAUUAAGCUUGAAAUUAUUACCAUUUCACUAAACUGUUAUUAGCAUUCUUUACAAAUAAAUGCGCUACUACUAACGUUUUGAUAUUGAGGGUGGCCCAGAAGUCACUUUUGUUUAAAUUGGAACCUUAUUAUUUAUAGUCAUAUAUUGAUUCCAAACCCUAUUUCAACAACUUUUAUUUAGGUCACUUUUUAUGUAUGUUAGAAUAUUAAUAAAGUUGAAAAACAAAAAUAUCAAAAUAUUUUACGAUAAGAAAAACUGCGAUUCCCAACAUUUAGAUGGAGGAAUCAAGGUUCCAGGGCAAAUUAUAAGUUUUCCAUGAUG